UAUCGCGGACGAGUCGUAGCCAUGCUACCAUUGAAGCGCGAAGAGCAGCCGGCAACGUCGGGCGCAGGAGGUGUUGCCCAUCACUCUGGACCUGAAGAGGAGCAACAUAAACCAAACGGCGGUGCAGCAGUAGCCCAGGGACGAGGCAGCGGCAGUGAGGGAGCACGGCAGCCCACCUCGGCACGAACCACGAGGAUCAAUGGCGACGGCAGCGGUCGUUCCGAUGUCUCUUCGAGUGAGUCGUUUCGAGGGGCGGGCGGCGGGAAGUGUAAGAGGGGUGGCAAGGUGAGACACGACGACGGCGAGGGAGAGAAGAAGGUACAGACGGCACCAUCACCGGCUGCCGCCGCCGCCGCCGGCGAGAGGACAUCGUCGGGCCGCGCGCGACGGCAGCGCGAUAGACGGAGAAGAGAGAGGGCUGCCAUGGCCGCCAAGAAGUCCCUCGUCAAGAAGGUGAAGGACCUAGGGAAGGUCGGGAGAUGGCGGCAGGCUAUCUCCGAGGUGGACUCGGCCAUCGAGGGCGGCCUCCUUCCCGACGAGUACGUUUACGGCAGCUGCGUGGGCGCGGCGGCCGAUAACGGGCAGUGGCAGGAGGCGCUAGGCAUCCUCCGCCGCAUGCGGGAGGACGGGGUGGAGCCGACGACGCCGGUCUACAACGCGGCCAUCAAGGCGUGCGCCAGGGGCAAGCAGCUGAAGCUGGCCCUGGCGCUGCUGGAGGAGAUGCGAUCCAACGCCGCCAAGGCCAACGCAGCACCACCGGCCGCCGCCCCUGCUGCCGCUGCUGCCGGCGCCGCCGUUCCCGAGUCGCCCGCGAUAGGAGAUAGCAGUAGUUGGUCCGGUGUGGUAGGGCGUAGCGGAACCGCGAGGGGCCGCGGGGGGGAGGGCGGCGUACGGAAGGAUGGGCUCCGUUUGAACGGUGUGGAUGGUGGCGCCAAGGGUAGCCGCAGCGGCGGAAGGAGCGUCAGUCGCCGGACCGGCCCCGGGGCCGCCUGCUCCUCGGAUUACGACCCCGACAUCCAGACGAUCAACACGGUAAUGGCGGCGUGCGCCGCCGAGGGGGAGUGGGAGCUGGCGCUGGAGGUGAUGAAGAAGGCCCAGCGGGAGGACAGGCUCCACCCGACGAGGGUCACGUACAACACGGCGAUCUCGGCGUGCGGCCGCCGCGGGGAGUCCGACCGGGCGGUCCAGCUGCUCCGGGAGAUGAGAGUCGCCGGCCUGGCCCCGGACACGAUAAGCUACAACUCGGCAAUAGCGGCGUGCGCGGUCAAGGGCCAGUGGAGGCGGGCGCUGUCUCUCCUCGGGGAGAUGGGAGCGGGCGGGAAGGGAGGCCGCGGGUCGGGGGGGGCGAGGCUGCCUUCGCCCGACGUGUACAGCUUCGGCUCGGCCAUCACGGCUUGCGGGCGCGGGGGGCAGUGGUCCCUGGCCGUGGGGCUGCUGGGCACGAUGCGCCAGAAGGGAAUCGCGCCGGGGGUGGUGGCAUUCAACGCCGCCAUCUCCGCUUGCGGGGAGGCCGGGCAGUGGGAGCGCGCGCUCGGGCUGCUGCGGGACAUGGAGGCGGAGGCUGGGGAGAGAGGGCGGGAGCCGGGAAGCGGCGGCAGCGGCGGCGGCUUCGCCGGUCCCAACCGCGUGAGCUUCAACGCCGCGAUAAACGCCUGCAGCAACGCCGGCGAGUGGCAGCAGGCCGUCUCUCUUCUGGAAGAGAUGCGGCGCAACGGUAACGCGGGGGGCGAUGCCGCCGAAUACAACGACGACCAAGUGCCGCCGGCGAAUCGCGAGCACGGCAGCGCGCCCGAUGGCAACAACGAAGACGCGGGACUACUAGCAGGUUCGGGGGCGGCGAGAAGUAGCGACCCUCGAGAAUGUACGCCUUCCGAAUAUGGCGGUGAGACAACAGCUCCCAAUGGAGCGGAGGGUGUUAGCAAGGCCGACCGGAGACGGCGGCACCGGCGAGGGAGGACGGGGGGUCCGACGCCAGACGUGGUGAGCUACUCGGCGACCAUCAUGGCCUGCAGCCGAGCGGGGAACUGGGAGCGGGCGCUGGGUCUGCUGGAGCAAAUGCGGGAGGACGGCCUCGAGCCCAACUCGACGACCUUCACGACGAUGAUCUCGGCGUGGAGGAGAGACUGGGGCUACGGCGGCGACGGCGCCCGGGGGCAGGAGGCCCGGGGCGCGCUUUUGCCCCUGCUGGCCAGCAUUGCGACGUACCGGGGGUUGACGCCCGACGCGAGGCUGUACGGCUCAGCGCUAGACGCCUGUGCGGACGCCUCGCUGUGCCAGCCGGCGCGAGACCUGCUCGCGGUCAUGGUCUCCUCCAGAGUUCCCGUCGACGACAGAGCUCGCCGCGCCGUCGCGACCGCGUGCGCAGUUCCGGCGGCAGCACGAUCGUCGUCGUCGUCUUCGGGAUCGAGACAAACCAACGAGCCUAACGCCGAUUUUUGACAACAACGUCCAGAGAGGAGCGACAAGAUGAACUUGACUAGUAGUUUUUCGCGGACAGCUGGUGGUUUGGUAAGCACGCUUGGCGAAAGAUUGUUAACCCCCCCGGAUACUGGGUUUCCGACAUGGUGUGUGUCAGCUCCUGGAUGCUAGGCAUACAUUUGGCCUGUUCCUUUUUUUCUGCUCAGGAAGAGGGAGGGCGGCGUCGUCGAAUGUUCUUCCAAGUCUGAGGUUGACGAUGCGGAGUUUUGGGUCUUUCUUGGCCCGAGCUUUUUUGUGCUGGCCGAGUAGGCGAAACGCGUACGGCUGCCGGAAAUGAUGAAAACCAUUUGUGAGUGAGUGCGUGCGUGCGUGCCUUGGAGGGCGUACCCCUGCUCUUGUACAGUUCGUCGCCAGUGUGCGAAGUGUGUAUUGCGUGUUUGAACGGGCGUGUAGUGGACACGUGUUCUUGCCGGGGGGCACGGUGCGAGACAAGGGCGCCGCCGCGUUGGGGUUGGCGUUGGGACAUGGAACCCUACAUUUGUUGCUGUGGUGUGACAAUUUUGGAUGUUGGGGGCUCUUUUAUUGUGUUUGCGCGUGGUUUGGCGAUGGUAUUGGUGAUCUGUGACGAACCUAACCCAUCCGACGUCAGAGACUCCGGCGUCACGAUGUGCAGGGGAGGGGGUGGGGCAGGGUGUACUAAUUGGG